CGGCUCAGCAGCGGGCCGGGCCGGGCCGAGCGGGGCGAGGCGGGAGAGCCUCCAUGGCGCGGCGCGGCUGCUGGGGCGGCGGCAGCGGCGCGGCGCGGCUGUGACAGGAGCGGCUGGGACCGAGCUUCCUCCUGACCCACUCUCCCCUGAGCGGGGCGGGGGCGCCCGCACCGGCGUCCCGGGGGGCGCGGCGGCGCUCGGAGCCGUGGCGGCGGCGGCCGGGGGCAGCCGGCGUGUCACCGCCUCUAUGAUGAAAUUCAAGGCGAACCAGACGCGGACGUACGACCGGGAAGGCUACAAGAAGCGGGCGGCGUGCCUCUGCUUCCGCAGCGAGCGGGAGGACGAGGUGAGCUCCGCGGUGCUGUUGGUGAGCAGUAGCCGGUACCCAGACCAGUGGAUUGUCCCAGGGGGAGGCAUGGAGCCAGAAGAGGAGCCAGGAGGAGCAGCUGUCAGAGAGGUGUACGAAGAGGCUGGAGUCAAGGGCAAGCUGGGCAGGCUGCUUGGCAUCUUUGAGAACCAAGACCGCAAGCACAGGACCUACGUCUAUGUCCUGACCGUGACCGAGAUCCUGGAGGACUGGGAGGACUCCGUCAACAUCGGAAGGAAAAGAGAAUGGUUCAAGGUGGAAGAUGCAAUCAAGGUCCUGCAGUGCCACAAGCCUGUUCACGCAGAGUACCUGGAAAAACUGAAACUGAGCUGCUCCCCCACCAACGGCAACUCCGUGGUUCCUCCUCUGCCAGACACUAACUCCUUGUAUGUCACUUCUGCACAGACUUCUGGGCUGCCCUCCACUGUGAGAUAAACCUUGGGACUUGCCUCUGGCUGGCUGCCAUCAGGAGGGGAGACAGCAGUGCUCACACCCAGGCACCUCCACUGUCCCUUCCAGCUGAGAGCUGUCAGUGUGGCACAGUGUCCAUGGGCUUUGUUUGUUCCUUCCCCCCCCUCCCAUGUAAAAUAGUCUUGCAGCAAACCAAAGCCAGAGCUGGAUUUGUUUUGUUCUGUUGAGAUGCCUUAAUAGGCCUUUUUUUUUUUUUUUAAUAAAGGGAAAUUUGAGUCUCUAAAUUUCCACAUCUGCUAAAAUGAAACCUA